GCGUUAACCAUUUCACCCAUAUAAAAAGUGCACUCUUGCUGCAGAAAAGAGAAGAAGAAACGGAACCAUGGCGUUAGAACUCUACUUGGACAUGAAGUCUCAGCCCUGCCGCUCCGUUUACAUUUUUGCCAAAAAGAACAACAUCCCGUUUGUGUUCAAAAAGGUAUCUCUGUUGAAAGGUGAGCAUUUUGGAGAAGAGUUCAAAAAGAUCACACCCAUCAAAAAGGUCCCUGCUAUGAGAGAUGGAGACUUCUGCCUGGCUGAAAGCAUUGCCAUUAUGCAGUAUCUGGCCCAGAAGUUUCAGACUCCAGAGUUCUGGUACCCGACUGAGCUCCGCCAACGGGCUCUGGUCACCGAGUAUCUGUCCUGGCAGCACAUGGGCAUCCGUUUGAAUGGAUCUAAGAUAUUCUGGCUAAGGCUGCUGGUUCCCAAGAUGUUGGGUGCAGAGGUCCCACAGGAGAAGAUGGACUUAGCUUUGAAGGAACUGAACGGUUCCCUGAAGCUCCUGGAAGAAAAGUUUAUCCAGGACAAGCCUUUCAUUGUCGGAGAUAACAUGACGUUGGCCGACUUAGUAGCGAUCGUGGAGGUCAUACAGCCCGUAUUUUCUGGCCUAGAUGUGUUUAAGGAGAGACCCAAGCUGAGGGCGUGGCGAGACAGAGUUCAGGCAUUCAUCGGAAAGGAGCUGUUUGACGAAGCCCAUGAAGACAUUAUGAACGUCCAGGAGAAGAGCGCAAUGCUGGACGCCAGCGCAUUAGAGUUGUGGAAACCCAUGAUCUUCAGUCUGAUCAUGUGAAGACAAACCAGCAAUAAUUUUCUUUUUGCAGGUCAUGGUCGUGGAAGAGUAAAAGUCGACACAUUAUAAACCUGUUUAAUGUUUGAAAAAAUCUUUUAUGUACCAAGAAAAUGACUCAAUUAGUGGUUCAUACAAAAGACAUUUUAUGUUUUUAUGAGUGAAAUUAAAAA